CUUGCUCCCAACUACCAUUUCCAGUCACCGUGCAUUCCUUUCGUGCUCGUGGAAUACUUGCUCGCAACAUGGGGAAGAGAAAGCUCUCUUCGACGCCACCUCCUUCCUUCAAGGCAGAGCCUGGAACUUCCAGCACGCUCGUACCCCCCUCUUCCCCUCACAAGGCGAAGAAACUGAAACUGCAGGACGACUACGCGACGACAUCCCCCUUCCCAGACUUUCCCCAUCCUACACCGUCAGAUGCCAGACGAGUGCACGACUUACUCACUGAGGCUCACGGACCUCGAGUACGCCGCACCCCAGAUGCCUCCUCGAAUGCAAACUCAGCAAAGACGUGCGGGAGCGUCCCCAAUGUCAUUGAGUCCCUCAUUGGCACCAUCCUCUCCCAGAACACCUCCGGCAAGAACUCAUCGGGCGCCAAGCGCUCCCUCGAUGCCGCCUUCGGGCGCAACAACUUCGCCGCGAUCGCGGACGCGCCCACCAGCGCGGUCGCCGACGCCAUCCGCUCGGGCGGCCUUGCGAACAAGAAGGCCGCGACGAUCCAGCGCGUGCUGCGCGACAUUAAGGCGAAGCACGGGAGCUACUCGCUGCAGCACCUCGCGGACGUGUGCGCGGACGCGGAGGUCAUGCGCGAGCUUAUGGCGUACGAUGGUGUGGGGCCGAAGACGGCGUCUUGCGUGCUGCUCUUUUGCUUGGGGCGCGAGUCUUUCGCGGUGGACACUCAUGUGUUUCGGCUAAGCAAGUUGCUUGGAUGGGUGCCACCGAAGGCGGACCGCGUACAGACGCAGGCACACCUGGACUUGCGCAUACCAGGCGACCGCAAAUACGGCUUGCACGUUCUCAUGAUAGACCAUGGUCGGAUAUGUACGGGAUGCAAGACAAAGGGGAAGGGCUCAUGCAUACUAAAGACCUACCUCAAGGAGAGGGGAAGAAGUAUCGACGAGGCAGUGGAGGAGGCUGCCACUGUCAAAGACGAGGCCACCGUCAAAGACGAAGCCACAGUCAAAGACGAACUACCAUAG